CUUCUUUUCCUGGUCGAGACGUCGACACGUACACAUCGGUACAUAUCUACGUAUGAUGUGUACUUAGAGGUUAUACCAAGCUUGACGCGAGUAUAUAGGGACGCAUCCAAAUAGGCCGGUGUAUAUUUGUGUAGCCAGCUGAUUUUUCAUGUUGUCAAUUAAGUAUCGCUGCAGUGCACAAUUUUCGUAAUAUUUUUUUAUAACCAAUUUUCCAGCUCAAUUACUUGUCAUAUCUGCAGUAAUGAACAUUUAAUAACUCAAAAUUUAGAAGAAAUGCAUAAAUUUUAGAAAGUUCAAGUUAUAAUAUUUAUGACUUGGGAGCAAAUAUGGAUUUGCUAUAUACAGUAAACAGAAAAACAUUUGCAAAAUCAUCUUUUAAUCAAGAGAGUACCCACGAUGAGCAUUCUUUGUGCUCAUUAUCUAGUCGAAAUAUCGUUGCAUUCACAGCAACAACAGAACUAAAUGACACAAAUAGUAAAACAUGGGGCUGUCAUGUUUAUGUCUGCGACUUAAAUAUGCCAUGGCAUCCCUACAAAGUUUUAACUAAUAAAGGUACUAUUACGGCCUUAAAAUGGGAUUUAUCUGGAGAAAAACUUGUGAUUGCGGAUUCAACAGGGCUUGUUCAGCUUUGGACAUUUAAAGAUUAUAUUUUAAAUGAAUGGAUGCUCAUUGGCUCUCAUUAUUUUCCUGGUGAACAUAUCUUGGCAGUUGCUUGGUUUCAUAAUGGAAAAAGGACUAGUCUAGUUCCUGACAAAAAAGAUAGUACGCUGUACAACGAAAAAUUUUCUCAUCUUCCUUAUGCACCAUCAGUCAAGCAGUUUGGUGGAAGAGCAGCUCAGGGAGUUUUUAUAGUAUCUAAUACAGGAAUGUUGGGUGCUGUGAUGAUAACACAAGAUAAACAAAAUCCUAUUUGUUCUGCGACUGAAAGUAUAGGAAAUAUACGCCAAAGAAUCACUGCUGUUGACAUUAGCUAUGCAAAAAAUGGUCAAUUUUUGGUAGCUGUAAGCAGUGGUAGUUUUACAUUACCAAUAAGAUGUUUUCGGGUUUCUAUUCGCAAGACUGACGAACGAUGCAUUAUAGCUUCACAAGCCUUGCCUAGUUUCUUUUUACAAGAUGGAGCACCGAAAGAUGAUUCAACCAAUGCCACCAUUACACAUCUUAAAUUUGCUGUAUCAGAAACUGCAGAUUCGUUAAUUGUAGCUGCAAAUAAUGAUGGUAAUGGAUUUAUUGAAGUCUGGGAAUUAAGUGAAAAGACCCAUCCAGUUCAUAAAUUGUUUCAAUCGAAACCUUGCGGCGAACCUUUCAAAGCAGUUGUCUGGCAACAUCAAGCUUUAUACAGAUGUCUAUAUUCUAUAACAGCUAUAGCAACAACAAAAUUAUCUAUAGUCACGCCAACAAGUUAUAUUUUAGUGACUUUAGCAGACUCUUCGAUUCAUUGUCUUAGUCACGACGGUUUAAAAGAAAUUGCUGUUUCAUCAUUAAAUACUAGCUGGCGUCAGGAUGAACCCUUGAACAAAUGUUCAAGAACAUCAUCCACAAUUUCUUGCAUAGAUAUGUCAUGGUUGGGAUGUAUAUUUUUACUUGUUGAUACCAGAGGAAGUUUAUAUGUUUAUAAAUUAUCUCCAGAAGGUUCAGCUAUAACAUUAGGUUAUGCGUGUACUUUGUUAGAGUACUGUUUAUUAACAGGAUUAGACUGGUUGGAUUUACUUUUAUGCCUUAGAUCAUCAAUGAUUGAAGCAUUAUGUGAACGUUUUGAUGCUUCAUUUAAUAGACAAUCUUUACCUGUACAGCAAUAUCAUUACAUGCAGUUUUUGUGCAUAAAAAUUUCUCUUUAUAGAAUGCUUGUCAGUGGACAGAGUAAAGCAGCAGACCUGACUUCGUUAUUUAUGGUGAAUUCAGUUGCAACAGCAUUCAAGUCUUUAUUAAGGCCAUCUGACACUUUUCAUGACAAAGUACCAGCUGAACGUUUACCAUCUGUUAUAACAGAUAAUAUUAUUACUGAUGUAGACAAGGUUUUGCUCCACAUUGAACCCAAGGAAUUCACAGUAGAACCCAUUACUCUACAGUCAUUACAACAAUUAAUCCAGUGGGUAGCAGAUCUAGCAUUAAAUUUAUUGGUGAGAUUACCCGAACGGAGAAUGCAAAUGAAACAACCAAGUGGUUAUGAACUCGUCCAAGAUCAUAAAGCACUUAACAUGUUACGAGAACUUCUUGUAAUCAUACGUAUUUGGGGAUUAUUGCGACCUUCGUGCUUACCAGUAUUCCUCAGAAGUGCAGAUAAUAUUGAUGUGUUAGGAUUAUUGUUUCAACUUCUCUCCAAGCUAGUUCAACCAAAUGCUGAGACACAACAACAAGUUGAUGAUCAGUUAAUAGAUGACUGCUGUCUUUUGCCAAAUCAAAUAAUGAUUCCACAAGUAUAUCAAGCAAACAGUAUUACUGCCGUAGCAACUCCUAUUUUGUUUUAUCAAAGUUUUCCGCUCCAAUUGGAGUAUGGCAGUGAACCAGAUUUAACUUUUAUACCAGAAUUAAAUCCAGUUGAAGGAUGUAUGCAUAAUGGACAAAUAGUUGAUGCUGUUAGGCAUUUAUAUUUAGGAAAACAACCUCUUCUUGUAAAACAAUGCACUAGGUGUGGAGCAAAAUCCCAAGUACAUAACACUACAAGGACUGCAGCGAUAAGAGCAUGGGAGCAAAGGUGGGCAAAAGGUUGCCCUUGUGGGGGCACUUGGAGAAUACACAAUAUGAAUCAUCAAUAAAAAAAAAAGUAAUGUAAUUUGUACAGUUUUUGAUUAUAUAAAUAAUACUUCCACAAUUUUGUAAGAAUAAAAAAAAA